UAGCGUUCGAUUCGACGUUCGUCACGUCAGUCGUCAAGUGUCAACAAUUUGAAAAGGAAAACUUGGUACAUGAAUUAAAGUACAAGUACCUACCAUUUACAUUUUACAGAACUAAAUUAAUAUUUCCGAUUCCGCUCUGAUUAUUCAUGCGUGUUCACCACAUCAGUUACUCUAUUUGUGUUCUAUUCCAAUUUCCAAUCACUGACUCAGGUGUGAGGACACGAUGACUAAUUCCGAUCUAAAAGCUCUAGUCCAGGAGAAAUUGAAGGAGGUUCCGGACCACGGUUUCCAUCCACUGGACGUGGACAGGCUAAAAGAUGAGAAAUACUUGUUACGCGUGAUGAGGCACUGUGAAUACGACCCGAAGCAAGCCGCCGAUAUGCUCUGGGAUAUAUUUACUUGGCGCAAAUCGAUAUCGGCGAACGAAAUAAACGAAUCUAAUAUAAAAAUGGACUAUGUACAGGAAGGUGGACUAUUCCCUCACGGCCGCGACAUCGAUGGGUGUUUGCUAUUAAUCGUCAAAUCGAAAAAACACGUCAAAGGUACGAAAGACUUCGAAGAAUUAAAAAAAGUAAUCGUCUAUUGGUUUGAUAGAAUCGAAAGAGAGGAGAAUGGUGAUAAAAUCACGUUGUUUUUCGAUUUAGACAACUGCGGUUUGAAUAACUUGGAUAUGGAUUUAACUAAGUACCUAAUUUCACUGUUUAAGAGUUACUAUCCGAGUUUUUUGAACUACAUACUCAUUUAUCAAAUGCCGUGGGUUUUGUCUGCAGCAUUUAAAAUUGUGAAGAAUCUGCUGCCAGCGCGAGCGAUUGAAAAGAUGAAAUUUGUGUCUAAGGAGACAUUACAUGAGUUUGUCGCACCUGAUCAAGCUUUAGUUUGUUGGGGCGGUACUGAUAACUAUGAAUAUGAGUUUGUCCCAGAAGGUCGGAACCAGAAAAAGGUAACAUUCGCAGAGCAAGGUGACCACUCUUUAGGUGAAAUGUUGAGUCUAAACCCAAAUAAUUUGAUAGUCUUCAAAAACGAGAACGAAGAAGUCACUGGACAGUUCACUAUAACAAAUAUGGAUGAUAGCGCUGUCUCAUUCAAAAUCAGAACAACAUCUCCAGAAAAAUUCAGAGUAAGACCUAGUUCUGGUUUCUUAGCCAAAGGCGCGUCACAAACUAUACUAAUUGUCGUCCAACCGGGCUUCCAACUCAAAAACGUGAUGAAGGAUAUGUUCCUAGUCAUGUCGGUACAUAUACCAAAGACUGAUUUGACUCCAAAAGAACUGAGCGACAUAUGGGCGAAUUCGUCUGGCAGCAAAGUUGACGAAUACAGACUAAAAUGUCAGUUCCCGGUGAAGGAAUUGCCUAAAAAUGGCAAUAUGGAGGUGGCGACACAAGAGAAACCAGAAUCAAUAGCCAAUGCGUUGAACAAUUUGCAGAUGGACUACGAACUACUUCACAGGCAAGUAGACAAACUAAAGAUGUACCAGUUUUUUACUUUACUCAUAACCCUCGCAGCGUUGAUACUAGGGUUCCUCGUUUACUUGAAUACAACUGAAAAUAAUAAUUAUUGCUCUCGCAUCUAGCCUUUGGCGAUCGUUUCCGAGAUAUACGCAAGUGUUUGUAGCAUUAUCUACUGCCUCUCUAUAAUUUUUUUAUUCAUAAAUGUUGUAUUGUUUGUCAGUUACUGUUGUUUAGUGUUUUUUGAGGGAAUUUAGGGAAUACUCUGGUUGUUUUCUGUAUAUUUUGGUAUUUAUAUUUAACUAUAACAACUUUAGUGAUAAAUGUAAAAAAGGGAAUUCCCACCACCCGGUAAUUUACUUUAAUUUUUUUUUGUGUCAUGAUAUAUUGUGCAAUCAGCCAAAAAGACUAUGAGCAGAUGGGUUUUAGGAAUGUAAUGAAAAAAAAUCAUCUUUAAUUUGUCCACAAGGGACAUGCUAAGAUUGUUAACCAUACAGCCUGAGUUUUACUAUUUUUGAAGACUUAUGAUUGGUUUGUUUGUAUAAAAAAAAAAUUACAGCUUCAAAUGUUACUUUGCCGCUUUGAUUUUUUUUUAAACAUUUUGCCUUAGAAGACUGAUAAAAAAAAUGGGUUUUUUUUUGAGAAACAUACUUUUACUAAGGCAAAUAUUUAACCAGAUCCUUAUUUAUACAUCAUAUUGACGGCCUCCGUGGCGCAGUGGUAUGCGUGGUGGAUUUACAAAACGGAGGUCCUGGGUUCGAUCCCCGGCUGGAUAGAUUGAGAGUUUCUUAAUUGGUCCAGGCUGGUGGGAAGCUUCGGCCGUGGCUAGUUACCACCCUACCGGCGAAGAUGUACCACCAAGCUAUUUAGCGUUCCGGUACGAUGCUGUGUAGAAACCGGAAGGGGUGUGAAUUUUCAUCCUCCUAACAAGUUAGCCCGCUUCCAUCUUAGACUGCAUCAUCACUUACUAUCAGGUGAGAUUGUAGUCAAGGGCUAACUUGUAAAAGAAUUAAAAUAAAAAAAAUAUUAUCAUCCUGGUACCUGGUGGUAUACCUGGGUUCCCUGGGCUGAUGUUGUUUGGAACGGUGGGCAUUUCCCUUUACUAAUAAGGCAGUAAAUGUAAGUCAAAGAUCUGAAUUGGAAAAUUUCUUACCUAUAUGAUUAUUGGAUGAAGUGUUUAAAGUGAAAAUUAGUAUGAUGAAAAAUAUAUCAUUAGUAGUUGGCCUAAAAAUUGCUAACCAAACAAUUAUUAACCAUUAUCAACUAUUUUUAAUGAUAGUAUGGUUAGGAGCAUUGCAUGUCUGUACUUCCAGAUUGGAUUAUCAUGAAAAUUCAAAGGAAUUAUAGGAAUUACAUUUUCAUUUAUAUUAAAAGAAAUUACAACACAAAAUCACCAAUUAGCUGCAUUUAAUGUCCAUGAUUUCAUAUUAUGUACUGUUAUAAAGUAUUUCUAAUUUUUACAUACAAAUGAGUUAGAUAAGCCACAAAUGUCCUUUGUACAUUUUUAGGACAUAAUGUGUUAUUAAUUUCGUUUAAACACUAAAAAUAAGUAAUAAGUAUAAGAAUAUAAAUUAUAAAAAUGAAAAAAAUAACAGAACAUUAUUUUGCAAAGUAAUAAAUCAAUUAAAGUAAGUACUCAAAUAAUUUAAGUUGAUUUAUAUUAGUCAAUCUAUGAAGAUUUAUUUCCUGUUUAAAUAAGGCCUCAAAAUAGGCUAAUUAGGGUUGCCUCCCAUAUCUUAAUCUCAGCAUAACAUAAUUGCUUCCCACCAUUUGUACGCUCAAAUCUUCUAAACUACCCAACAAUGCAGUUUUCUUCAUUAGAUAGAUAGAAAUAAUUUAUUUGUUAACACAACACGUAACUACAUAAUAUACUUAAAACUAAUAAUAAUUUAUGUCUUAAAACUAUUUAAUGGCAAAAAAAAAAACAUACAUACAGCCAAACGUAGAACCUCCUCAGCUACUACUAUUGUGAGUACAUCAGUACCCACAACUUAGCAUAACAUUAGGGUUUAUUCCCCGUGGUCCCUGCGCCGUAGUCCCUGCAGGGACCACGGGGAAUAUAUUCCCCGUGGUCCCUGCAGGGACUACGGGACUACGGCUAAAAAAAUCGAAAUUAGUUAAUAAAUAAAUGAUGAUAAUGGUAACAAACAUAAAAAAAAAAAACAUACGUGUAGAAUUGAUAACCUCCUUUUUUGAAGUCGGUUAAUAAGAUAGAUUUAAUCAAUAAAAAUACGUUAAACGUAUUCCCGAUUAAUAAAACAUAAAAAAAAAAUGAAAAAAAAUAAAUAAAAAAACAUACGUGUUUCUACACGUAUGUGUGAUUUUUUUGAUAACCUCAUUUUUUGAAGUCGGUUAAUAAGAUAAAUUUAAUCAAUAAAAAUACGUUAAACGUAUUCCCGAUGACGUUAAAAGUAUUCUCGAUUUAUUGAAAAUAAAUCGAAUAUAACAUUGAUCACUACAUAUUUUUAAUUCGGCAGUAUUAUAUGUCUCGCAGGGACCACGGGGAAUAAACCAACCUUAGUUUAUCUAGUUUAUUAUAAACUGUAUUGUACAUUAUUUCAGAUACUUGAUAUUUAGAGUAAAUUAAUGUAGGCAAAAAUCUAAAGUUUGACAAUUUGUUUUGUGAUGCAUAGAAAAUGGUGCGGUGAAUGAAAUAAAGUCCUUUUUUUAGUUUAAUAUAAAAAAUACUUGUUACUCAUUAACUAACAUUAAAAUGGUGUUCAGCAGUGAGAUUUAUUUGCUAAAUGUAAGAAAUUAAAUAUCACGUGUCUCAAUCGUUGAAGGAAAACAUCGUGAGGAAACCUGCAUACCAGAGAAUUAUCUUAAGUCUCUGCAUGUGAAGUCUGCCAAUUCGCAUUGGGCCAGCGUGGUGGACUAUUGGCCUAACCCCUCUCAUUCUGAGAGGAGACUCGAGCUCAGCAGUGAGCCGAAUAUGGGUUGAUGACGAAGAAAUGAAUAAUUUGUUUUCAUCAUCACCAAAUAUAUAUUAUUUUGAAACAGCACACAUUUCUUUUAUGUAACUAACAAAAUGUACUUUAUUUUUAUAAAAAUAAAAAGAAGGUGGCAACCCUAAGGUACCCUUGGUAAGGACCCAGAUAGUGGUCCACUAUUUGUUCAAACUAGACCACGACCAAGCUCUACCCCCUUAUUUAUAAACACAGAUUAAGAUUUAAAACUAAAUUUUCUUCAAAGAAAAGUGGACCUAAUCACAGUACUGUUUAAAGUUCACUUUGGAGAAAUUUGAUAAAUCCUUUAUGUUUAUAAAUAAGGCCUGGGUUUUUUUAAAGUAAAAGUAAUUAACAGAAUACAAUGUAAGACUGCUACUAGAAUGUGUCAUAUUAAAAAUAUGUUAUUUAUUUUAAGUUACAAAUAGAUUAUUCGGUUUAAUGAUGCCUCAAGUGUAUAUUACAAUAGUACAAUCUAAUAAUAUAAUCUCAUUAUUAAUGAUUUUAAACUUAUUUCGUGGUUUAAAUAAAUAUUAUGAAUUAUCCGUUUAAAUAUUAUGAAUGAUAUUUAAACGGGUACAUACCACGAUAAAACGACGAGAUUUUUAUUGUCGAUAUUUCGACCCAGUUGCAUGGAUCGUGGUCACGACGGGACUCUAUGUUCGUGUCUCUAUGAUCGUGGUCCCGUCGUGACCACGAUCCAUGCAACUGGGUCGAAAUAUCGACAAUAAAAAUCUCGUCGUUUUAUCGUGGUAUGUACCCGUUUAAAUAUCAUUCAUAAUCUCAUUAUUUUCAUGUUUCUUGCAAGUUAUGUAAUUUAAGAUUUUUCAAAUUUCUACCCCCUAAAGGGUUAAAUAGUUGAAGUAUUUUUUAAAUAAGUUGUUCAAGUACUUGAGUUAUAAUUUUGUAAUAUGUUUAGUGGAUUAUUUAAUGUGAUAAAACAUGCGAUAAUAAACAUAGAAAGGGGUAAAAUGGGGGUAGAAAUUUUACAUCGAUUUUCAUGAGGACGAAAUGGCGGGUUGUUCACCAGUAAUAAAUAACAUUCCAUUAUUUAUUAUAAGUGUAUAAUCAAAAUUUGUGAUAUUGUGCAUCUAUGGAGAGCACGCUAUGGUUUAUCGGUAAACGGGUUUCUAUACCUCACACCUUUUUUACUGUUGUGUCAAUGCCACAUGCCACCUCCUGUAUCACUGGUUGUUGGUAAACGGGUUUCUACUGGUUGCUAAAUAACGGGUUGUUGGCAAACAGGUUUCUAUGCCACCUCCUGUAUCACUGGUUGUUGGUAAACGGGUUUCUAUGCCACACGCCUCCUGUUAUAUCAACAGUUUGUGGGGUUAGUAAACGUACAGAAGGUGUGAGUUUUAGCCGUGUUUCUUAUUAAACUGAUAUGAAUAACACGGUUUAGAUUCUAAAAUAUUGGUCAUAUUUAAAAAAUUGACAAAUAUUCUUUUUAAUCUAAAACAAAAAAAAAAUGUGAUUUUAAUUUCGAAUUUAUUGUUAUUUGGUCUUGUUUUGUAAUUAAACUUAUUUGUUUAUUAUUGUAGUGUUUAAGUUUUUUGUUUAUUGUUAAUAAUAUCUGUAAUUUUAAAGAAUGUAUGGGGAACAUGAUUCAGAUGGAUAUGAUAAAGAAAAAUGUUUAAAUAUAUAUAUAUAAAUCAUUCUGAAGGUUUAUGGUUUUAUUUCGAACCCAUACGGGGCCCUUAGUCAUGAGCUGGUUCUUGCAACGUCAGCACAAUAAAUUGAUAAGAAUAACACAGCUUAAAUUCUAAAAUAUUGGUUAUAUUUAAAAAAUUGACAAAUAUUCUUUUUAAUCUAAAACAAAAAAAAAUGUGAUUUUAAUUUCGAAUUUAUUGUUAUUUGGUCUUGUUUUGUAAUUUAACUAAUUUGUUUAUUAUUGUAGUGUAUAAGUUUUUUGUUUAUUGUUAAUAAUAUCUGUAAUUUUAAAGAAUGUAUGGGGAACAUGAUUCAGAUGGAGAUGAUAAAGAAAAAUGUUUAUAAUAUAUAUUUAAAUUAUUCUGAA